UUUCUUCGAUAAAUUGGAUUAGACCAUAGGUCCAUGAUUAGACUAUCAGUUUGACAAUUGACAGUUCAUUGUGAUGAGCAGAGACAGUGUAUGGACGCAAUUCGGAUAUCUACAUUUCUUGUGCUCUUGAAAUCGAACGUUUUUACAUUGGAUUAGCCAUUGGUUCAGAUUGGGAUGGAUUCUUGGUCGCUAUCCCUCUUGCUGUUGGUCUGUUUGAGUAGUCUUACAUCAAGCAUAGCACAAGAUGGAAGAUGUACAAAGAAAGUCAGUCGUGUUGUCUUUUACACGGAGACAUUCACAAAAUCAUCAACGGAAGUAUACUACGAGAAAUGUGGCUUUCUUUACCUUGCAAGGUGUACCCGUUACAGGACGGUGUACUCAGUUGGUUCUAGGAGACCCAGCAGGAUCGGCUAUGUGUCGGACUAUGAGUGCUGUCCAGGGUGGAUAACAGAAGGAACGAAUUGUUUACCAACUCAACCACCAACAACGGAAGCUGUAACAACGACUGCCCGGCCAACCACAACGAAAAUCCCCACUACCGCUACAACAACGACAACAUCACCAUCAACAACAUCUCGAUUUACAAGUAGUCAUAACAGCAACAACAACGGUGACACUCAGCGUCACUCUCGUACCCGAACCUCAACCACCGCCUCGCCGGACAACCACAUCGAAACCUCGCCUGUUUACGUCGGUGGGCAAGGGAAAUCGGCCAGCUUGCUGUCGAGUCGGCCGAUGAUGAUGGGUAUAUCCGCGGUCGCCGUGGUCGUGUUCUUGGCGAUGUCGAUCGGUGGGGUCGUCUGCGGCGUCAGGAAAUUCUGUCCGAAGAAGAAGCCCGUUGGAAGGAUGGAAAAUGAGUCACCAACAAGGAGGGAUAGUGAAGCAGGUAUCCAAACGAACGGAACAGUGCCCAACGGAGCUGUAGGUCAUGGAGAUCGACCAAAACUCAAACAGAAGGUCAAAGGUCACAAGGGAAAACUGACAGCCACUUCAAAUCCUGGCUAUGACAUCAUGGACCUUGCAGACACUACGCAGGAGAGUUCCUACGAAGCUAUCGACCCUGAGGCAGGUCCACUGAAACCUCACAAAUUUCAAAAGGAUGCUAAAGGAUUUGAAUGCGUCAAUAUGUCGGAUCUAAUGCCCUCAUCGGCGAAACAUCUUCAAACUAGUCCUGUAAAAGGCCGACGCCCAAUUGGACCAGCCGCUGUCACCGAAAACGAGUAUACCGCUUUUGCAGACGAGCCCCGAACUUCACCCGAACCAUCCCAAAAGAAAACAGUUUCGAAGGACAAUAAUAAUCAUCGGAUGGGUGAAUCUAUGGUUGGACAAAGGAAACCCCUUCCUAAGCCUAAACCUUUUCCAAAAACCAGGAGAAAUCCGCAGCCUGUCGAGGGUUCAUCAAACACAUGCGCACCGCCCUCUGCGGCCAAUCAUCUGGUCGCACCUCCUGCGGUAACGGCACAAUACCUUGACAUGUCCAAGGGACAGACCUCCCCACCGACUAAUGUUGAUCGACGCAUCUGUGAGAGGGAAGGUGCGUCACCAAGGAAACCUAUUAAAAAGUUCCCUUCACUGGAAGAAAGUCCCAAAUCAUCCAUCGAGGAUUGCACUGUAGAUUUCCGAUCUAAUUUGUCUGGACUCUCAAGUGGUAAUUCAAAUUUGUAUGACCAUGUUGGUGAGACCAGAUCAGAGCCAACAUCAAGACGGGGAAGUGAGGCAAAGCAUGCAUUUGCUACACAGGGUAUGUAUGUUCUCCCGGGAGACCUAUCCCCUGCAAUUACCAAGAAGUUACAGAGUGUGGCCGAUGAAAAAAUGACAUGUACAUACGUACUAGGAGAUGACGUGCCUGGACUUGCUCCACGCUCCCCUCUAUUCAGUGACAGUUAUGGCCCUGUAGGUAGCAACCACGACAUGGCACGUGAUUCAGCAAACGAACUUAGUAAUCCAUACGAUGUUGUUGUUACGCCAGAGAACAGGAGAAAGAUGCUGAAACCCGUUAUCACGAAACGCGGUUAUGCCGAGCCUCGUCAAGAUAGUAUGGAUCAAGACAGUUACUACGAAAACCAGAGGCGCUCGACAGCAUCGCUUCCGAACAACAGUAGAAAACUGUCCCUUCCCGUCCAGCCCCAUGAAGACGAAGAGGUCUACGAUUUCGUAGAAGUUAAAGACUCUCGUUCGACGACGACGGGAAGACCUCCAAAGGUAGCUCCCAAGAAACCAGUGUUGACCUCAGGUCAGGAAUCGCAGAAAGCCAAGGAAGCGAUAGGGAGGAGUCGGUCGGGUCCGUCCUUACUCCGAUAUGCAGAACUUGAUUCCGUCUACGUGAAUACAUCCCGGUUUUGAAUCCUCAAGGAUGGCUGCAGAUGACUGUUCAUCCGUACUACCAAGGAGUAAGCAGUCUCAACAGUUCUGGAUGAUGCCCUUGGAGAAGAGGAAAGACUUCCCAUGGCAUGGAAGGGGUUAACCCUUGCCAGUGUCGUUAUUUGUAUGAAUGCAAUAAAGUAUGGAUGAUAAAAGCUCGCGAAGGUCAUUCAUUAUAAAACUCAUCAAGGACAGACAAAGGGACCAUCUUUACAUCCUUUAGCUGUUCGGAUGGAUGAAUCUAGUGUAAGGGAAGCUCCGAUGAUCCAUUAGGCUUCUGUAUAGUUAUCAUCACCUAAUCAGUGACAUUGUAUUAAUAAGUAUCCUGUCAAAUUGAGAAGCAAUCCAAUCUUCAUAAUUGAUGUAAGCGCUAAAUAAAUGUAUAAUUGCCUGGAAGUCAAGGUGCAAUGGGAGACUUAAUUCUACCGUAUACUUGUCUGCAAUGUCAUAUUUUGAGAUAAAAGAAUAAUCAUUUACUCAAUCUGUCUUGUACUUAUUGAUUAUCUAUAUCAUUGCUGAUAAAAGCUAAUUAUGUCAUGUUAUUCUGUGAUAUCUAAUUGCUUUUGUAACUUGGUAAUGGAGCGGCUUUGGUUUGCCUUUCUCAUGUGUAACUCCAUUCUUUUUAAUUUUUAGAAUAAUCUUGAAUGUAAUAUUAACAAGAAAAUCCAUAAUAUUCUUAUUACAUCUUUAAAGAAAAUAUGCACCAGUGAUUUUUUUUCAUUGGUGACAAUAUAAUUUGAUCAUUGAAUUUGUGUCGUAUAAUGAACAAAAAUGAAUUUAAGAAAUACCCCAAACUAUAAUAUUAUGUGUGAAUACAACGAAGAAAUAACCUUAGGGUGUUUAUUUCUAAGUGGGAGAGACGGUUAGGUUAUUAACGGGGACAAAAAAGAUAAAUAAAGAAAAGACGAAGUUGUCAUCAUAUACUCAGAAGAAAGAGUCUAUAAUAUCAACACAAUCAAAUUGGUAUAUGUAUUUAUAAUGUAAAUGAUAUCAAUUUUGAUUAGUCUUCUGUGUGGGAGAGUGAACCGGCUGGUACGGUCUCUAUAUACUUGUACAUCCGUCUGGAUAGUAAUACUAUUAUUACUUCUAUUGUAGUCGAUUGGAAGGUGAUUAAUUCAUCAUGGUCUACUGACAACAACGAUUAAUUUUGUAUAAAACCCUUUCAGUGUAUUAGUCGUAAAGAUUAUACGUUAUUUGUAUAGGGCCAUACAUGUACUACUGAGGGAGAGAGGGAGAGGGAGACAGGGAAGCAGGGAUGUAACCUUUAGCUGUAUGUUUGUAAUGAAAGAAUAUAAGCACUUUCACAUAAUCAAACGAAAUUGUACAUAAUGCAAUAAAAUCUGACAACAAUUGAGUAAGUAGCAAUGAAAUAUGAAAACCGGAGGCAAGGAAAUCCAAUAAAUUUCGAGGUGUUCUUUGUGCUAUGUUUUGGUUAAAUUAAGGUCUUCAUGUCUUGAAUAGCAAUUCUCCUGUCAAAACUAAAUUUAAAGGCUUAUAACAAUGAG